CUUCCUCGUUGAGUUGGUAGCAUUUUGAGGUGGGAAGGAAUGAAGAUCAUCCUUGUUUCCCGCAGCGCAAAGGAGGUCAUCAAGGGUGGGAUUGAGCUCCACGAUGAGGCCACUGUGAGCGAUCUGCAGGAAGCAAUUUAUGCCCGAACCAAAAAAUUCUAUCCUUCAAGACAGCGCCUCACCCUGCCAUUGCAAUCUGGGAACCAGGGAAAGCCAGUUGUCCUUAGUCCGAAGAAAAAACUGGUAGAAUAUUGUGAUGGGAAUGCCAAGACUCUCACUGUGGUAUUCAAGGACCUUGGAGUACAGGUUUUAUACAGUACUCUUUUCUUCUGGGAGUACCUGGGUCCUUUAAUUAUCUAUCCUAUCUUCUACUACUUUCCAGUGUACAAGUACUUUGGUUAUGAGGGUGAACGGGUCAUAUACCCAGUCCAGACAUAUGCUACGUGUUACUGGUGCCUCCAUUACUUCAAACGUAUUAUGGAGACUUUCUUCGUUCACAGAUUCAGCCAUGCUACUUCACCUCUCUCCAAUGUGUUCAGGAAUUGCGCCUAUUACUGGACUUUCGGCACAUACGUUGCAUAUCAUGUGAAUCAUCCCCUGUACACACCUGUCAGUGAUCUGCAAAUGAAGAUUGGAUUUGGAUUUGGGUUGAUUUGCCAAGUCUCUAACUUUUAUUGCCAUCUUAUAUUGAGGAAUCUCAGAAGCUCUGAUGGUAAUGGUGGUUACCAGAUUCCUCGUGGCUUUCUGUUCAACAUAGUGACUUGUGCAAACUACACAACGGAGAUCUAUCAAUGGCUUGGUUUCAAUAUUGCUACUCAAACAAUAGCAGGUUAUGUUUUCCUCGUGGUGGCUACACUCAUCAUGACAAAUUGGGCCCUCGCCAAACACCGUCGCCUCAAGAAGUUAUUCGAUGGAAAAGACGGACGGCCUAGGUAUCCACGGCGCUGGGUGAUACUUCCUCCAUUCAUCUAAGUAAGAUGGAAAAGACCGGCGGCCUAGGUAUCCAUGGCGCUGGCUGAUACUUCCUCCAUUCAUCUAAGCACAGGCAUUUUACUUGCUUCUAAAGUCUGAAAUUUCAAGCCAAACAUGUUAUGGGAGUUGGAAAAUACUCAUCUUAGGCAGCUGAAUUAUGUAAUUGCCAUGCACAACUGAAAUGCUUGUUGCUGCAUGCACAUUUUAGCUUUAUGAAAUCUGUUGUUUGAUUUAUUAACCAACUGUUGCACUCAAAGUAGUUCAUUUUUAGGUUAAUCU